AAACAGAAAGUUGUUACUACAAGUGUAGAUGGUAUUUCCACACUCAUGUUGUAUUUACACAGCAAUAGAGUCAAAUGUUUUCAAAAAUGGGUCAAAUUUUUGACCUUUUGUCCCAAUCAUGCAGACUCAGCCUCUGAUGUCCUUACUCAUGGUAAACAAUUAUUACGCAACUGCUCCUAUUGCAGGCAGAUUUCAUCACGUUUAUUCUUGUGCCGCUCAGUACUCAGAGAAAACAAAUUUGUCAAAAACAAACAAGCUCAGAUAAUAGAGAAAAAAAGUUUGACUUGGUUUAGACUGAAGCUGUGGAAAAGAACACUGGGUCUCUGUUCCUGACUGAUUGUGUGGAUGCCAAAAUGAUCUGGUUGUUCAGAUUUGAUGAGAGUUUCCCCAGCGGGGGAAUUCCUGAACUGGGGGUACUAUUGAGUAAUCCCCCACCCUGCUGCUGAUUAUAUGACCGAGUGUUACAGCGCUGGACCAGACGAGAAGGCCAAACUUUGAAGAGCUCAUCAUGAAGCUGGAUUUGACUGCAGCUCUGUCUUCUUUAGCAUCAUUGCUUGUCUUUCUAUCUCCAGUUCGCUGUCAGCAGCCUGUAAACUGCAGAUGGGGGUCUUACGGAGAGUGGUCUGAGUGUGACGGCUGCACCAGAACAAAGGUGCGUACUCGCCAUGUGGAGGUGUAUGCCCAGUUUGGGGGUGCGCCAUGUUCAGGAGAAGCCACACAAACACAGCCUUGUGUCCCACAGAAACGAUGUCCCCUAGAAACAGGCUGCGGGGACAGGUUCCGCUGUACCUCUGGUCAGUGUAUCAGCCGCUCUCUGGUGUGUAAUGGAGACCAGGACUGUGAGGACGGUCUGGAUGAGAGAAGCUGUGAUAAAGACAGCAGCCAGUACUCAUGUGACCUUGACAAAACGCCUCCCAACUCUGACUUCACAGGCAGAGGGUACGAUGUGCUAACAGGGAAACUGAGAGCAGGUGUGAUCAACACUCUGAGCUUUGGAGGGCAGUGCAGGAAAGUAUUCAGUGGAGACCAUCAAGUCUAUUACAGGCUGCCACAUAACGUCCUCAGGUACAACUUUGAGGUGAAAGUAGACAAUGACGAGAGCGAUGAAUCCUAUGACAGCUCCUGGUCCUAUAUGCAACACAUCCAGGCCAACGCCUUGGUGGGACACGACCGUCGUACCUUCCACAAAGAGCUCAGUGAGACAAAGGCCCACAGACUCAUAAUCUUGAAGAAUAAAGUGGUGUUGGCCCAGUUCCAAAACUCAGCCCCCCAGUAUCUGACUCUAGCUGAAGGCUUCUGGAAAGCUUUGUCCUCACUGCCAGUCACAUACGACUACUCGGCCUACCGCCAGCUGCUGCAGACAUACGGCACACACUAUCUCUCCGAGGGCUCACUCGGAGGCGAAUACCAAGCUUUGUUGGAGUUGGACAGCCAGGCAUUCGAUUCAAACAGUACAACAGAUAUUGAGUACCAGAGGUGUUGGAAAAAGGUGAAGCGCCGUUUCUUCAGAAGGAAAACCAAACUCGUCUGUGAAAAACUGACAAAGGCUUUAUCAUCCAGCAACAGCCACAACACAAACAAGAUGCCCAUUAAAGUCAACUUGGUCGGCGGAGAUACAACCUUCAUAGGCGCUCUGAGUGUUCUGGAUCUGGAAACCCCAGAAGCAAACGGAGAAGUCUAUGACAACUGGGCCUCAUCUGUUAAAGACUUCCCUGAAGUCGUAGACCAAAAGCUGCGUCCUCUGUAUGAGCUGGUGAAGGAGGUGCAUUGUGCAGGUUUGAAGAAGCUCCACCUGAAAAGAGCCAUAGAAGAGUACAUGGCGGAGGAACAUCCCUGCCACUGCCGGCCCUGCCAGAACAACGGCCAGCCGCUGCUGACGGGCACCGAGUGUCGCUGUGUUUGCCGGUUUGGAACCUCCGGUCGAGCCUGUGAGAGGGGAGCUGUGAUUGGAGAGCAACCAGGGGUGAUCCAUGGCAGCUGGAGCUGCUGGUCCUCCUGGGGAUCCUGCUCUGGAGGUCAAAGGUCAAGGUCCCGCAGCUGCAACAACCCCGCCCCCAGAAGAGGUGGUCAGCACUGUCCCGGACUGCAGAUGGAGCAGAAGCCUUGUGAGGACUCAGAUAUCCAGCACUUACAGAUGAUGGAGCCUCAGUGCUUCAGUCUGUCUGUGACUCCACCGAAGACAUGUGGACCACCUCCAAACCUCAGAAAUGGAUUUAUUCAGAAUCCCAGAGAUUUUUACUUGGUUGGAAACCGGGUGGAGUAUUCCUGCAUAGAUGGUCAUUACCUCCGUGGAAGCGCUGUGGCUCAAUGUAGUGAAAACCAGAAGUGGGUGACUGGAGCGAUGGUUUGUCAAAGUUCCACAUGUGGGAUUCCUCCCCUCAACAGAGAAGUUAUAGCUACGCCCCCCAAAGCAGCCUAUCAGAUUGGAGACCAAGUGUCCCUGUCCUGUCCCGCAGGGUCAGUGCUGGACGGUGAGGUUUCAGAGAUCAUAUGUAGUCCCAGUCUGCAGUGGUCUCCCUCUCCGUCAGACGCUCGUUGUAACGCAGUGCCCACAGUUCGCUCUCCUCCACCUGGUCUGAGGUGUAAAUUGUGGGAGAAGGUAGGAAAAACUGACUGCGUGUGUAAAGCGCCAUCUCAGUGCUCGACUUCUCUGGAGUUGUGUGCUAGAAUUGGCUCAAGACAACCCCGUGUACUUGGUGUUUGUCAGCUCGGAGCUCUGCGGUGUUUGGGACGGGGCUUCACAUUGGCCAGUGACAGUGAAUGUAACUGGCCAAAGGGGACAUCCACUACCUGCGAGGACUGCAAACCAGGGACAAUCUGUCAGGCGGGAAAAUGUGAAUGCCAAACUGCAUCGGAAUGCCCUAAAGACUCCGCCCCCCUGUGCAUCAGCUCUGGUGAUGGCAGCGUCGCCCUGACGAUGGCCGAAUGCGAGGUGGGGGCCAGAAGGUGUGCUGGGGAGCAGGUCAAUGUGAUCAGUAUUGAGGCUUGUCCACAAUAAAAAUGGUUGUUGUUUUAUUUCACUAAACGUUCUCACAAUGUAUCUAAAGCAGGAAAUUAUUUCUCUUCAGUGACUGAAUUGUAAAUAGAAACAAAUGUUUUUUUCUCACAUUUGAAUGAUGUAAAUAUGUUCCUCAACUUUCCUUUUUAUAUUUGUCAUGGAGGGACUGAUGAUUGAAGACAUUUGCACGUAAAAUAAACACAAGGCUCUGUUUUAAACAUGUGACAACAUUGUUAUAGAUUGUUUUUGUAAUAUGAAAUU